GUUCUACCCAUGCUGAAUAACUGGGAUGACCUGGGUGGAAUCAACACCUACUGUGCCUACUUUGGAUGCACCCACGAGAGUUUCUGGACCCAUGCAGAGGCUCAGAAAGCCUACAGAGACUAUGUAACUUUCAUCGUCAAUCGUUACAAGGACUCUCCAGCUAUCUUCUCCUGGCAGCUCUGCAACGAGCCACGGUGUCAGAACUGCGAGACCAGUGUGAUCACUAGCUGGGCCACAGAGCUGUCCAGCUUCAUCAAAUCUCUAGACCCAAAACAUCGUGUGUCCUUGGGCGACGAAGGCUGGCUCUGUUCGGACGACACCAGUCUCGGUUAUGCGUACUCAUGCUCUGAGGGUAUCGAUUUCGAGGCCAACCUGAAGAUUUCCACACUUGACUACGGUACUGUUCAUAUGUACCCCAUUGGCUGGGGCUACACGUACCCUUGGGGCAACCAAUGGAUCCGUGAUCACGCAGCACUGGCGCUCAAGUACGGCAAGCCUAUCGUUCUGGAAGAAUAUGGUGUUGAGAGCACAACCUCAAACCGCACGGCUGUCCUGCAGCAGUGGCAACAAACGAUCAUUGACAGCGACAUUGCAUAUGAUAGCUUUUGGCAAUUCGGGACAAACCUUCCAAGUGGUGCAAACCCUUACGAUGACUACGCAAUGUUCUAUGGCACGCAAGAGUACCAGGACGUGGUGAUUGAUCAUGCGCAGGCCAUAAGCAAAAAGGCUGUCUCGACUGCUGCCCGUCGCCGAGCCUCCUCUCGUCGCCCAAACUAGGAUGAUCUCUAGGUGGUCGAAAUCUUUGCAGCAUCGUGGAUCAACGUUAUUGCCAACCUCAACGGAUUUACCAGCAGCAAAGAAAAAAGCAGAAUAAAGCACUGCUUGUGGACUGGACUUGCGGCAGCAUAUGUAAUAUAUCUAGGGUUAGUUUAUAUGCAAUAGCUU